UGGUGCUGUACACCAGUACUGCCAUUGACUGAACGUGUUAAUUAGUAUUAAAUAAUUAUCAAUAUGAUUCCUUAAAGUUGUGUGUUCAAAAUAGAGGCGGACAACCAGGCCAUCUGCCUCUUAGCAUCAUGGGGCUGUAGCGAGGUUUAAUCCAGAUUACGGCUGACCGUAUUUUUGUUGUUGUUGGUGUCUGUUCCCUAGCCGUCAGUGUGUCCUUCACUACACAUCCAGGCAGCAGGACAGGUUAGCUAGACAGGAUAUACAGGAUCCCAUUGGACUUAACACAACCACUAGCAAUCCCAACCCAACGGUAGAAGCCAGGGAAGCAACUAGUCUUAUUUACAACAAUAUAAUAUCUAUAUAUCCUAGUACAGCAGAACUCUACGGAGCAAGAUGUUCCUAAUCAAGACCAUGAUGCCUAACCCGCUGGCUGGUUUGAAUCCUAUGGGUGGAGGAGAGGAGGAAACGGAGGCGGCCCCUGCAGACCCGGCCAAAGCAGCAGGGAUGACACGCGAGGAGUAUGAGGAGUACCAAAAACAGUUGGUGGAGGAGAAGAUGGAGAGAGAUGCUGACUUCUUACACAAGAAAGCUGAGAGGGCAACUCUGCGGGUGUGUCUAAGAGACAAGUACAGGCUCCCAAAGAGCGAGCAGGACGACAACAUGCUGGCCAUGGCUGGAGACGACGUGGACGUACCCGAAGAGCUGCUCAAGAUGGUGGACGAGGAUGCCACGGAGGAGGAGGACAAGGACUCCAUCUUGGGUGGCAUUCAGAACCUCCAGAACAUGGACAUGGAUCAGCUCAAGGAGAAGGCCUCGGCCACCGUGACAGAGAUGAAAGCCAAGGCAGAGGAGAAAUGCUCUGUCAUGUAAAUAAAAUAAAAUGGAAGAUUUCACUUCAUGAACAGCCGGUCCCAAUUCGUUCCCUACCCCGAUUCGAUCCCUUGGCCCUAACCUUUCAAUGUUUGCAGAUCUGAAGGUGGAAGAAAUAUGGCGGAAGCUUUACCACUACACUGCUUAUACUUAUUCAGACCCUUAGACAUGCUAACAUAGAGGUGUAAGGGAACAAGGGAGUGAUUUAGCGACUGUAAACAAACCGAUCCUAUGAGAGUCACUCUCCACCCAGCAGACCUGGGUUUAAAAUAAGUAUUUGAGCUAUUUUAAAGCCCCUAUACUCAACUGUUGGACCGCGGUCCGGAUCUAUUUAUUAUUUUUUAAAUGUAACUCGAUCGGGCUUCGACCCCUGGUAUCAUAUAAACACACAUAAGACGUGUAGAAUUGCAGGAAAUUAGCUUUGAAACAGCAACAAAAUUCUCUGCCCCAUGCAAAAUGUGUAGAAUAGCAGGAAAUUAGAUUUGAAACAGCAACAAAAUUAUCUGCCCCAUGCAAAAUGUGUAGAAUUGCGGGAAAUUAGCUUUAAAACUGCAACAUUUUCUCUCCGCCAACAACAGGGGUGUG